ACACGGCUCCGGGGAGCAAGCUCCACCCCGGCGCGGCCCCAUUGAAAGGGGCUGCCGUGGGGUGGGGUGAGCAGAGCCGCGGGGGAGCAUGGAGAAGAGCGGCUACACCAUGGCCAAGUUCGGCUUGGAGACCAAGGAGGCGAUGCCCAGGCGGGACUGCGGCUUCUACAUGAAGUACGUCUUCCUCUUCACCUCCCUCAUCCAAUUCCUCAUCAUCCUGGGGCUGGUGCUCUUCAUGGUCUACGGCAACGCGCACGCGGGCACCGACACGCACCUCCGGCUGCUGGAGGAGCAGCUGCAGGACCGCUACAACAAGAUCAUCACCCUGGGCGGCAGGAACGCCAACCUGACCCGCGCCCUCAACACCACCCUGAAGGAGAAGCAGGGGCUGCAGGGCACCCUGCAGAAGGUGCAGCGCGAGCUGGAUAAGUGCAACAGCAGCCAGCUGCCCAACGCCACCCCCAAGAUGCAGGAAAUGAUGAAGGCCAUCUUCAUCCAGAAGGUGAUGCUGGACGAUUACCGCUUGACCGUCAACCUCAUCAAUGCCAACUGCAGUGCCGAGAAGGCUCAGCUGCGGAGCCAGCUGGACCAGACGGCCCUGGCGAGGAAGGAGCUGGAGAACAACUGCGCCAAGGGGAGCGCGGAGCUGGCCAAAACCAAGCAGGAGCACGAGGGCUGCCAGCAGGAGCUGCUCAGAACCAAGACCGAGCUCACGGCCACCAAAUCCCAGCUGGAGCUGCCGAAGCACGAGUGCAACCUCCUGCGCUCCGAGUUCAGCAUCCCCCUGCAGCGCAUCAGGGAAACCAUCAACCCCUACAGCUGCGGCUCCACGCACGAGGAGCUGCGGCGGCUGGCGCAGCGCGCCGAGGAUUUCUUCCUCCAGCAGAAGAGCCGCGAGGCCGUGUACCAGGAGAAGGUCGCCUGCGAGCUGAACCUGCUGCAGUGCCAAUUCAACGGCACCCGGCUGAAGCAGGAGCUGGAGAAGCGGCUGCAGGAGGCCGACAAGCAGCUGAAGGGCGGCCAGGAGGAGAAGAAGAAGCUGCUGGCGGAGAAGGAGCAGCUCAGCAAGGAGCUGGGGGAGAAGAGCAAAGCCGCCCUGCAAAGCAACUACCUGAAGCAGCAGCUCAGCAUCUGCGAGGGCGCCAAGCGGAUUGAUGCCUUCGACCUCACCGGCUUGUGGGUGCCGGGGACCCUGGGGACCGUCCCCAUCCCCGCUCUUCGCAGCGGCACGGGGCCUCCCCGGGUUUCCAUGGAGACCAGGCUGCUUUUUCGCUCUCCCCAUUUUUCCUGCCAUUUUCCAUCUCCCUGCGCCUGCGGCCCUGCCGGAGCCCGGCCCCACCGAGGGGCUGCGGGCAGAGGUGAGCACGGGGUGGGGGGGGGGACACCCAGGGGGGCACCGGGGAUCCCGGCCCUGCCAGGUUGCGCCACCGCCGCCUCCUCCCCGGCAGCUGUCGGGGCUUUUUCGGGCAUUGGGAGCUGCCGGAGGAGAAACCUGAGCCGGGGCCGGCGUCACCUCGCUGCGACCCGCUGGCACGGCCACCAGCUGGGGACACACCGGGGUCCCUGUCCCCUUGUUUGUGCCAGCAGCUGAAUCAUUGUUGAUUCG